AAAGGCUCUUUCUUACCCAUAAUGCUUUGUGGGGACGUUGACAAGUGGAUCCAAGAUGGCGUAGAAAGUAAUGACAGGAAUUGGAUGAAGUAAUUGAUCACUAAUGAACUACAGAGCCGGUGAGAUGUACAAGAAAUUAUAAAGAGCUCUGAUGGGCGAUUUGGGUGAUACGCAGUGCAGUGACCUGCAGGAUUUUUGUCCCUGAGUCAUGGAAGACAGAAGAGCUGAAAGGUCAUGUGAACAAGCGUGCGCGUCACUGCAGAGGCAGGACUAUGACAUGGCCCUCCAGCACUGCACAGACGCCCUGCUCUCUCUUGGCCAGUACUCCAUGACAGACUUCACAGGGCCGUGCCCAGUGGAGAUUGAGCGCAUCAAAAUCGAGAGUCUUCUGUACAGAAUUGCCUCAUUCUUGCAGUUGAAAAACUACGGGCAAGCUGAUGAAGAUUGUAGGCAUGUGCUGGGGGAAGGACUGGCCAAGGGAGAGAGCGCCUUCCGGGCAGUGCUGUGCUGCAUGCAGCUGAAGGGGAAGCUCCAGCCUGUGUCCUCCAUCCUUGCCCAGUCACUGUCAGGGGAGUCUCUGAAUGGGAUGGUAACGAAGGAUUUGACAAGACUCAAGACACUUCUCGCAGAGACAGAGACAGCAACAAGUAAUGCCCUCUCUGGCUGUCAUGUGGAAGACUUAGAUGAAGCGUCUUGUAAUGGUUGGCAUUUCCGCCCACCGCCCAGGGGGAUCACCAGCAGUGAGGAGUACACCUUGUGUAAAAGGUUUUUAGAGCAAGGGAUCUGUAGGUACGGUGCCCAGUGUACUUCAGCACAUUCCCAGGAAGAACUAGCAGAAUGGCAGAAGAGAUAUGCCUCGCGGCUGAUAAAACUGAAGCAGCAGAGUGAGAACAAACAGCUCUCAGGCAGCUACAUGGAGACCUUGAUAGAAAAGUGGAUGAGCUCACUGUCCCCUGAGAAAGUGCUUAGCGAAUGCCUAGAGGGAGUCCAGGUGGAGCACAGCCCUGACCUGUCGGUCACCGUCAACACCAAAAAGUCCCACCAGACAUGGACCUUUGCUCUGACCUGUAAGCCUGCAAGAAUGCUGUGUCGGGUAGCCUUGCUCUAUGAUGCUCAUCGUCCUCAUUUUAGUAUCAUUGCCAUAUCUGCCGGAGAUAGUACUGCCCAGGUAUCACAAGAAGUCCCCGAGAACUGUCAAGAAUGGAUAGGAGGAGAGAUGGCCCAAAAUGGAUUAGAUCAUUACGUGUAUAAAGUCGGGAUAGCAUUUAACACAGAAAUAUUUGGAACUUUUCGCCAAACCAUAGUUUUCGACUUUGGAUUGGAGCCAGUACUCAUGCAAAGAGUAAUGAUUGACGCAGCUUCUACAGAAGAUCUUGAGUACCUGAUGCAUGCCAAGCAGCAGCUGGUAACCACAGCCAGGCGCUGGGAGCCUUCCUCCAAGACUAUUGUAGACUUUGAACCUAACGAGACUACUGAUUGGGAGAAGAGCCUUUUGAUCAGAUACCAAAUUCCUCUCUCUGCUGACCAGCUGUUUACACAGUCCGUUUUAGACAAAUCCUUGACCAAGACUAACUAUCAGUCCCGGCUACACGACCUGCUUUAUAUUGAGGAGAUCGCCCAGUAUAAAGAAGUCAGCAGGUUCAACCUUAAGGUGCAGCUGCAGAUCUUAGCAAGCUUCAUGCUCACUGGAGUUUCUGGGGGUGCAAAGUAUGCUCAGAAUGGACAACUUUUUGGUCGUUUUAAGCUUACUGAAACCCUGUCUGAAGACACUUUGGCUGGACGACUGGUGAUGACCAGGGUCAAUGCUGUUUAUUUAUUACCAGUCCCUAAAGAGAAGCUCGUCCAGUCCCAGGGAACCAAAGAGAAGGUUUAUGAAGCUACUAUUGAAGAAAAAACAAAAGACUAUGUAUUUUUAAGGAUAUCCAGGGAAUGCUGUGAAGAGCUCAGUCUGCGGCCUGACUGUGACACCCAGGUUGAGCUUCAGUUUCAGUUGAACCGAUUACCCCUCUGUGAAAUGCAUUAUGCACUAGACAGGAUUAAGGACAAUGGUGUUUUGUUUCCAGACAUCAGUAUGACUCCCACUAUACCUUGGAGUCCCAACAGACAGUGGGAUGAGCAGUUGGAUCCCCGACUAAAUGCGAAGCAGAAAGAAGCUGUGCUGGCCAUCACCACUCCGCUCUGCAUCCAGCUGCCCCCCGUUCUUAUCAUCGGACCCUACGGGACGGGUAAAACCUUCACUCUGGCUCAGGCCGUCAAGCACAUACUGCAGCAGCAGGAGACGAGCAGGAUUCUCAUUUGCACCCAUUCUAAUAGUGCUGCUGACCUCUACAUAAAGGAUUAUUUACAUCCCUAUGUAGAAGCAGGCAAUGCCCAGGCAAGACCUCUCAGGGUGUAUUUCCGAAAUCGCUGGGUGAAGACUGUUCACCCAGUUGUGCAUCAGUACUGUUUGAUCUCAAGCGCACACUCCACCUUUCAGAUGCCCCAGAAGGAAGAUAUUCUUAAACAUCGAGUGGUGGUGGUCACACUGAACACUUCCCAGUACCUCUGCCAGCUGGACCUUGAACCUGGCUUCUUCACGCACAUUCUGUUAGAUGAAGCUGCCCAGGCCAUGGAGUGUGAGACCAUUAUGCCUCUAGCCUUAGCAACUAAAAACACACGGAUUGUUUUGGCUGGUGACCAUAUGCAGCUCAGUCCUUUUGUUUACAGCGAGUUUGCCAGGGAGAGAAACCUUCAUGUUUCAUUACUUGAUCGACUCUACGAGCAUUACCCUGCCGAGUUUCCAUGCAGGAUCCUCCUCUGUGAGAACUAUCGCUCCCAUGAAGCUAUCAUCAACUAUACCUCUGAGCUCUUCUAUGAGGGUAAACUGAUGGCCAGUGGAAAGCAGCCAGCACACAAGGACUUCUACCCACUGACGUUCUUUACAGCACGAGGGGAGGACGUCCAAGAGAAGAACAGCACGGCAUUCUAUAACAAUGCAGAGGUAUUUGAAGUGGUGGAGCGUGUAGAAGAGCUAAGACGGAAGUGGCCAGUGGCAUGGGGGAAGUUAGACGACGGCAGCAUUGGUGUGGUGACACCAUACGCUGAUCAGGUGUUCAGAAUACGAGCUGAACUUCGGAAGAAGAGGCUCUCGGACGUGAAUGUAGAAAGGGUGCUCAAUGUCCAAGGAAAGCAAUUCAGAGUUCUGUUUCUUAGCACAGUGCGUACACGCCACACUUGCAAGCAUAAGCAGACGCCAAUUAAAAAGAAAGAGCAACUUCUGGAAGACUCCACCGAGGACUUAGAUUACGGGUUUCUAUCCAACUACAAACUUCUCAAUACUGCCAUUACCAGAGCACAGUCCCUGGUUGCUGUGGUGGGCGACCCCGUUGCUCUGUGCUCUAUUGGAAGGUGUAGAAAGUUUUGGGAGCGGUUUAUUGCCCUGUGCCAUGAAAACCACAGCUUGCACGGGAUCACAUUCGAACAGAUCAAGGCCCAGUUAGAGGCCUUAGAGCUCAAGAAGACUUACGUGUUGAACCCACUGGCUCCUGAAUUUAUCCCCCGGGCUUUCAGACUGCAGCAUUCAGGAAACAGUAGCAGACAGCAGCAGUCACCACCCAAGGUGAAAAGCCUCCAUCAUCCCCAGAAUGACCAUUUCCAGAAUGAUGGAAUUGUUCAGCCCAACCCUUCCGUACUUAUUGGCAAUCCUAUUAGAGCAUAUACUCCUCCACCCCCUCUUGGACCGCACCCAAACUUGGGGAAAUCUCCAAGCCCCGUUCAAAGAAUAGACCCUCACACUGGGACUAGUAUUCUUUACGUUCCUGCUGUCUAUGGAGGGAAUGUAGUUAUGUCGGUGCCUUUACCUGUGCCGUGGACAGGGUACCAGGGUAGGUUUGCAGUUGAUCCUCGGAUUAUUACACACCAGGCAGCGAUGGCCUACAAUAUGAAUUUGUUACAUACACAUGGGCGUGGGUCGCCAAUCCCUUAUGGUCUUGGACAUCACCCACCUGUCAACCUAGGCCAGCCACAGAAUCAGCACGCAGAGAAGGAUCAACAGGAGCAAAAUCGAAACGGUAAAACUGAUACAAAUAACCCAGGACCUGAAAUUAGUAAGAUCCGAACACCAGAGAAAAAACCUACAGAACCCAAACAGAUUGAUUUGGAAUCAAAUCCACAGAACAGAAGUCCUGAAUCCCGUCCUGGUGUUGUUUAUUCCAAUACUAAAUUUCCUCGAAAAGAUAAUCUCAACCCAAGACACAUAAAUCUUCCUCUUCCUGCGCCACAUACACAGUAUGCAAUCCCUAGCCGCCAUUUUCAUCCGCUUCCUCAGCUACCCAGGCCACCAUUUCCCAUUUCCCAGCAGCACACCUUAUUAAAUCAGCAGCAGAAUAAUUUGCCUGAACAACCAAAUCAGAUGGCACCUCAGCCAAAUCAGGUGGCACCCCAGCCAAAUCAGAUGGCACCCCAGCCAAAUCAGAUGGCACCCCAGCCAAAUCAGAUGGCACCCCAGCCAAAUCAGAUGGCACCCCAGCCAAAUCAGGUGGUCCAGCAGCAGAACCAGGCACCUCCACAGGCUCCACAGCCAGCACCUCAACUCUCUCCUGCAUUUCAGGCGGGGCCCACCAAUGCAUUUUUCAAUAAUGCAGUUGCUCAUCGACCACAGUCUCCUGCUGCAGAGGCUGUGGGUCCUGAGCAGCAGCUGCCUCCUGGACUGCCCGACGGCCACAGUCCACUGAGAGCCAUCACACAGCCUGGCCCCGUCCUAGCAUCACCUUUGAACAACUUUGUUGAUGAGAGCUCUCCAGGAUUGCCUAUAGAAGAAGCUUUGGAUCGAGUGCAUGGAAGUGUAGCUCUGGAGACACUGAGGCAGCAGCAGGCACGGCUACAGCAGUGGAGUGAGCACCAUGCCUACCUGAGCCAGGGUGGCAUCCCGUAUUCACACCAUCACCAUCCUCACCUCGCCCAUCUUCCCCAGACUCCCAUUAGCCUCCACCAGCCACCAGUGAGAGCAGAGUGGAAAGUCGCCGGCAGGGCUGACGAUGAAACAGAGACAACAUUCUCAAGGUUUCAAGACUUACUCAGAGAGCUGUCCCAUCGGGAUCAAGGUGACACUGGAGAGCUAGCUGAAAUGCCACCGCCUCAGUCAAGACUUCUGCAGUACAGACAAGUGCAGCCUCGAAGCCCACCAGCAGUCCCGUCGCCCCCUUCCUCUACAGACCACAGUAGCCACUUUGCUAACUUUAAUGACAACAGCAGAGACAUCGAAGUAGCCAACAGCCCAGCAUUCCCACAGCGCCUCCCGCCUCAGCUAUUCGGCCCCCCUUAUUCGUUGCAAUCUGAACACCUUGCCCCUCCCCCUCUGAAAUACCUGGCUCCGGAAGGAGCAUGGAAUUUUGCUAACUUGCAGCAGAAUCAUUUAAUAGGGCCGGGCUUUCCCUAUGGCCUACCUCCAUUGCCUCCCCGGCCACCACAGAACCCUUUUAUACACAUCCAGAACCAUCAACACGCUGUUGGUCAAGAGCCAUUUCACCCACUGCCAUCCCGAGCAGUGUCUUCUUCUUCGCUCCCCAGCCUAGAAGAGUAUGAGCCCAGAGGACCUGGUCGGCCCUUGUACCAAAGAAGAAUCUCAUCUGGCUCAGCCCAGCCUUGUGUGGAAGAGGCUAGCACUCCCCAAGACAGCCUGGCUCAGGGCAAAGAACCGCAGGACCACAGUAACCCGCCUGGGUUCGGCUUCCCAGCCCCCGAGUCCUGGGCCAACACCACCUCAUCUGCCCCCUACCAGAACAUUCCGUGCAAUGGAUCCAGCAGGACAAGUCAGCCCAGAGAGUUGAUAGUUCCACCCAAGACUGUCAAACCCCCUGAGGAUCAGCUGAAGCCUGACAGUGGGGAGGUGUCCAGUUCCUUCAACUACUCGGUGCUGCAGCACCUCGGCCAGUUCCCACCCCUCAUGCCCAACAAGCAGAUCGCGGAGUCUGCCAACAGCAGCAGCCAGCAGAGCCCGGCAGGGAGCAAGCCCGCCAUGUCCUAUGCCAGUGCGCUACGGGCCCCGCCCAAGCCCAGGCCUCCGCCCGAGCAGGCCAAGAAGGGCAGCGACCCACUGUCCCUGUUCCAGGAGCUCAGCUUGGGUAGCAGCCCGGGCAGCAAUGGCUUCUACUCCUACUUCAAGUGACCCGGCUCGCGCUCUCCUCAGAGAAUGUGCAGUUCCUGUUCAGUCUGCAGGAUUGAGGUGGCGGCUCUGUCUAUGUGCAGCCCUCCAUAACGUUCACUGCGCUCUCAGUCCCCUUGCUGCUAGACCUGCGCCUACGUUUAAAAGUAUAUUCCAUUAUUUUGCAUUUUUGAUGUGAGUCAGAAUUUUGACAGCUUUUAUGUAGAAUAAAAAUAUUUUUAAAUUUGUGUAUUGUUACAUAUGUUUGCAUCAAGCUAGCAGCUAAGAGGUUAACUGUGCAACUAUAAAAAAA